GCGUCAGCACGGUGGGUCGUCUGUGUUCAUGGAGCUGCGAGUCCGCGCUGCUGAAUCACAUGUGCGUCGCUGGUGAGGGACACGCAGCUCAGGUCUGCCACCGGAGAAACGCUUUAUUCGACCGAUGCGCCUCGGAGAGCCUUUCAGCUCCACUCCGUCCAAGUGAUUUAGCACAUUUUCACCGCCAUGUCUACGGAAAAGCAGAACAUCCCCGAGGAGAACCUGCAAGGCUCUUGGGUGGAACUGCACUUCAAUAAUGGAGGUGGAGGAGUUUCCAAAACAGGGGUGGAGGAGCAGGCUGCCGGCGCCGCUCCCAGUGGAGACAUGGAGAAGAUGCUGCUGGAUGCGCAGCACGAGUCUGGCAGGAGCAGCUCUAGAGGGAGUCUACCCUGUGAUAGUCCUCCAAGAUCCCAGACUCCUCUGCACUUGUGCAGGGGCUCAGAGGUUCACAGCUCAGGAGAAAAGAACAGCUCACAGUCUGAUGAGGAUUACCUGGAGAGGAGAAGGGAGGUAGACAACCUGAUGAAGAAGAAUGCUGACUGGAUAUGGGACUGGUCAAGCCGACUGGAAAACAUACCACCCAAAGAGUUCUUGCUGAAGCAGCCCAAACGUUCCAGCACUAUGAGUAUCAGGAACACCAGCGUGAUGAAGAAGGGAGGAAUUUUCUCCUCCGAGUUCCUGAAAGUCUUCCUCCCAUCUCUUGUCAUUUCCCACAUCCUUGCUGUGGGGCUUGGAGUGUACAUCGGACGGCGCAUCCCUACCUCCCACGGCACAUUCUGAGGGAAAACGAACACAAUCAUAUCUGCACCUUCACCAUCUCUGCUGCUUUGUCUUGAAUCUGUAUUCCAGUAGAUACAAAUAGGUCAAGCUCACGUGACCCAUUUCCUCUUACUGGCCAUGUGCUGCACCGCCGUUGUUGCCCCUCGUGUAUUCCUCUGGCUCUUUCCCAUAGUUCCUCCCUGAGCCGGUUUUAAAGCGCAGACUGCACUGUCAUUCUACGAGGGAGGCCAUUUUGGGUUUUAAGGCAGUGGGCUGAGUAGUAGUCAUGUGCUCCACUUUCCAUCCUUGAGUCCUUUCUUGUGCAGAUAUAUAGAACCUAUUUAAAAAGAAACACCUGUAAUGUGAACAGAACGGAUGUGAAACUAAGAUGUACGCAAGGGGUGCAGGAGGAGACUAAGAUGCUUGAUUUGAAAACACUACAGGAGAGUAUUUUACAGAGCAGGAUUUCUUAGUAAGCGUAAUGUGAGGCUUGCCCAGAAAAAAAAAAGCCCAUUACCUCUCCUCCUAUGGGACAGGCGUGACUCAACAUCAUCAAUGGGGCUGUUUACAUGCACUCAAUAAUCCAAUCAUAAUCAGAUUUCUGCAUAUUCGUCACAUAUCUGAUUAUUCAAAUGAUCAUGCAAACAGCAUACUCUGAUUUCUUAGAUCGAAGUAAGGUCUAGAAAUAUGGAGCUGGAUUUUAGCUCAGUAAUCAGACUUCUCAGUGCAUGUAGACUCUUAACUUCGUUCUGAUCCCAGUCUGUGCAUGUGCGCAAACACCGUGGUACUGGAAAUAAGCAAGCAGUGUUGCAGCGAGGUGCAGCAAGACAGGAGGAGCGAUGAUGAAACCAAACACAUGCUUGAUGAAAUGAAGGAUUUAAAUAAUCUUUAUCGAUCUGAUUUUCUAUCGGAUUAUUUAAGCGCAUGUGAACACGCAUCUACCAGAUUUUUACUGUACUGUCAAGUAUCAGACAGUGAACACGAACUGAAAACUCGAUGACUCAAAAUGUGAUCAUUACAGUAGCUUGGGAGAAUUUAGCAACUCCCCAUUGACUUCACCUAUAAGGGAGUUUCUAAAUAGUAGCAAAGGUGUCAAUUACUUUUGCAAUUGACCGCAUGCAACAUAUGGCAGAUUGAGAAAAGGUUGAAAAAAGGCUGGAAUACUUUAUCUGGCUAAUUGAGAAAUCCUGCUGUGUGAAACAGUCUUCAGGUACGACAGGGUAUUCUCUGGACCUGUGGGUUUGUACACAAAGAUGCUUGAGAAUUAUUCAGUCAUCAUAGCUGUCUGCAUCUGAGUGAGACUGCAGAUCUAGGGUCAGUUUUUUAACCGUCCACGUAGAAAUGAACAGUACGCACAGAAAAGAGCUGCUCCUACAUCAGCACUCGCACUCAGGAGAUGCUAAAAGAUCAAUUAAGCAGGCAGAGAAUGAUGGUCAGCGGUUUAAAGCAAGAAGUGCAUGGGGAAUCAUGACCACAGAGAGCUGUGGGUUUUUCAGUAUUGAAAUCAUAUCUAAAUAGAAGAUUUAGAGGUAAUUACUUUCUAAAAAAUAUCUUCACCAAACACUUUUGACAUGUGAUUGUGACACUACAAGGAAAGACUUUUUUUUUCAUUGUUGUGAUAUUUAACUCAGGUAAGCAUCAAGUAGGAAACAAAGGUGUAUCAUUAACUGGCCAGAAGCAAAUGUGUACAGGGUAGCAAUGCACAGGUACCAAAACACAGAGGAAAACACUUGUUUCUCAGUGAAUGAAGUGCAAUAGUGUUCAAGGAGAAUUCCACUGAUUUUUUUUUAACUGCAUAAUUCAGUCAUAAAGAUGGGAACAAAGUUAUUCAUAGCAGUUCAAUGUGAAAUGGUACAUUGCAGAGAAGCAUACUAAUUUCUUAGUGCUGGCGCCACGUGUCAGUUUUCAUAUAUAAUAUUGCUAGUGGUAAAACAGUGGUUAAUCAAAAACUUUAUUUGGGGGCUGUUUUCCCAUAUAACACCCUGCAUGCACUUCUCCACCAUGAUUGGGUUUUAAACAUAUAUAAAGUUUAGGGAAAACCUUAUCAAAACAGUCAUAAAACAAUGGGUCAGACAUCAGGCAGAGUAUUCAUAACCAUUUUAUAAAAAAAAAAAAAAAACUUUGUGACAUUGUGGCAUUAAACACUUCAGACGUCUGGUUCCCAUCACCCCCCACAAUUCUGACAGUGUAUCUCUAGAACAGGAUUUCAUAUCAGGCAUCUCUUAACAUUGUUUAAAUCUUAAUCAUUUACUUAAGCAGAAAUUCUGGAUCAUUGGUGGAAUUCCCCUUGACAACUGGCAAGUACAAAUACAGAUUGUAAAUACAGAAUGUUGUCAAAAUAUAGUUUCACCUUUUUCCUGUUGAAAGAAGAGCAAGACAGAGCUAGUCUCUCCAAAUUGGCCAAUUUUCUGUGCACAAGGGCUGCACAAAAGCAGCCUGCUUUUCUUUAUAUAAUGUUGAUUGCAUCCUCUAUUUGAGUUUGCCUUAUAUUGUACUGAAAUCAAAAUCUAGAAUGAAUCAACUUCAUUAAAAAUCUAGAUACAGUUGUUAGGUUGCCUUAGCUGCUGUGAGGACUGUUCACUGGAAUAAGGCAAGGAGACAAAGGGAAACCCUGUGUAAUUUACGUGCAUGUUUUUGUAGUGUGUAGAAAUGUUCCAUGUACGUGGCAGUCACUUUGGUUUUGUAUUAAAAGUGGGAAUCAAUAAACGAAUAAACAAAAAC